CAGCAACAACAAAAAAACUAGCACGCGCGGCGGCGCUACGCUCACCGGCGAUGUACGGCGAAACCGAGCCCGCCGCCUCGGAGCGCACGGCAUUCCGGCAAGCCGAGAAGAAGUACAAGCUCUACAAGCCGCCCAGCACCAAGGGCAGGGGCAGGAAGAAGCCAAUCGGCGGCGGCGUUGGGGAUCUCUCCGAGGUGGUGGACUUCCACGCGCUGCUUUCUGGCGGCGUUGAACUGCCCGCCGGGAUCUGUAGGUGCGACUGCCCAGGAUUCGACCUGCCCGUGUUCCGCUUCUUGGAUCGGCCCGGAUUCUAUUUCAUUCCUGGUGCUCUUUCUACCGAGCAACAAUGCUUUUGGAUUAGGGAGAGCUUAAAAACAUUUCCGCAGCCUCCUAAUAGAACUAACUUGACUGCUCUCUAUGGUCCAAUUUUUGAUUUACUCACUGCUGCUGAAAACCAAAAGGUCUUGCUUGAAGUGCAAAAUUCUGAUGGCAGAGAAAGUAAUGAACAGAGUAACAGUGGAGAAAAAACACGUUCCAUCGACUUCAAAUUUGUUGAACACUCAAAGAUCGAAAAGGGGGAAACACGUAGGUCAACCACAGCAACAACUCUUGUUCGCAAGCUCCGAUGGAGCACCCUUGGCUUGCAGUUUGAUUGGUCAAAACGGAACUAUGAUGUAUCACUUCCACAUAACAGCAUUCCAGAUGCCCUUGCUACUUUAGCGAAAAAGAUGGCCAUCCCAGCCAUGCCUUCUGGCGUGGAAUUCAGUCCAGAAGCCGCCAUAGUAAACUAUUAUGGUCCAAGUGACAUGCUUGGUGGCCAUGUUGAUGACAUGGAAGCAGAUUGGACAAAACCUAUUGUGAGCAUAAGUUUGGGUUGCAAGUGCAUUUUCCUUCUUGGAGGGAAGACGAGAGAUGAAGUUCCAAGAGCAAUGUUCCUGCGAAGUGGUGAUAUUGUAUUGAUGGCUGGGGAAGCACGUGAACGCUUCCAUGGAGUACCGCGGAUCUUCACUGAGAGUGACCAGCAAGAAAUCUCUGGACUGGUAUCACAACUUUCUGGCGAUGAUGACCGCUUUAUCUUGGACUACAUCCAUAGUUCAAGGAUAAAUAUCAACAUCAGACAAGUCUACUGAGGUUUGCUCAAUUCCGAUUAAAAGGUUUUGGUAGGCCCACUAGGUCUUGGUAAUAGCUGCACAUGGAGUGGGAUGUGAAAAGGUUGCUGAAAGAUGGUUUAGUCCUUGAAUGACACUUCAGUCUAAACGAAACAGCAAAAUGAUGUGUUUGUCGUUCAAAGUGUAAAAACUUAGCACGGUUGCUCAAAUGGCAGUUCAAUCCGGAAACUAGCCAGGAAAAAGAUAUUUUUGCUACCCAAAGUGUAAGCCAAUUAGAUACCCCUGGCAAGAGAAUGUGGACUGUAGCAGGAUUGCUCAAAUGGUGAUUCAUCUUCAAACAAACCAGGAACAAGAUACUUUUGCCAGUCAAUUUGCAAGCCAAUUAGUUUAGACCUUGGGUAGGGUUUCUAACGGAGGAAUGGUUUGACCACUGUGAAUUGGUCUCAUUCUAACUUGUAACCUCAUAUUUUUCGGUUUUCUGUUGCUUCAA